GUUGGGCUUCACCUUCUCCAGUUGAGCUCUGUCUCACCAGAGGACCUGCUGACCAUGAGGCUCAUUCAAGCGCUCUCUCUGUGUCUGGCUCUCUCUCUGAGCCUUGCUGCUCCACCGCAACAUAAAGAGGAUCAUUCUCAUAAAGGCAAACCUGGUGGUGAAGGACACAAGCAUGAGUUACACCAUGGUGCUCAGCUUGACCGCUGUAAAGGAAUGGAGUUUGAUGCAGUCGCCGUGAACGAGGAGGGAGUUCCUUAUUUCUUCAAGGGUGACCACCUGUUCAAGGGUUUCCAUGGCAAAGUUGAACUGUCCAAUAAAACCUUCCCUGAACUGGACAACCAUCAUCAUCUGGGACAUGUGGACGCUGCGUUCCGCAUGCACUCUCAGGACAGCCCAGACCACCACGACCACCAGUUCUUUUUCUUGGACAACAAAGUCUUCAGCUACUUCAAGCACAAGCUGGAGAAGGACUAUCCCAAAGACAUCUCUGCAGUUUUCCCUGGAAUCCCUGACCAUUUGGAUGCUGCAGUGGAGUGUCCCAAGCCAGACUGUCCUAAUGACACUGUGAUCUUUUUCAAAGGUGAUGAGAUCUACCACUUUAACAUGCACACCAAGAAGGUUGACGAGAAGGAAUUUAAAAGCAUGCCCAACUGCACAGGAGCCUUCCGUUACAUGGGCCAUUAUUACUGCUUUCACGGACAUCAGUUCUCCAAGUUUGACCCAAUGACAGGAGAAGUCCAAGGCAAAUAUCCAAAGGAGGCCCGUGAUUACUUCAUGAGGUGCCCUCACUUUGGAAGUAAGACCACUGAGGACCAUGUUGAGAGAGAACAGUGCAGUCGUGUACACUUGGAUGCUAUAACAUCUGAUGACGCUGGCAACAUAUAUGCUUUCAGAGGUCACCACUUCCUCAGCAUAUCUGGUGAUAAGUUUCAUUCCGACACAAUUGAGAGUGAAUUUAAGGAACUGCACAGUGAAGUGGAUUCAGUCUUCUCUUAUGAUGGCCAUUUCUACAUGAUCAAGGACAAUAAUGUGUUUGUGUACAAAGUUGGAAAGCCACACACACACCUAGAGGGCUACCCUAAACCCUUGAAGGAUGUUCUGGGAAUUGAUGGUCCCGUAGAUGCUGCCUUUGUGUGCGCUGAUCAUCAUGUUGUUCACAUCAUCAAAGGUCAGUCAAUCUAUGAUGUUGACUUGAAAGCCACCCCACGUAAGCUGGUGAAGGAAGGAACCAUUACACAGUUCAAAAGGAUUGAUACAGCUAUGUGCGGACCCAAGGGUGUGACGGUUGUCAUCGGUAACCAUUUCUACAAUUAUGACAGUGUCCCAGUUAUGCUGAUGGCCAAAAUCAUGCCUGAGCAGCAGAAGGUGUCUCAGCAGCUGUUUGGCUGUGACCACUAGAGGGCUGCAGGCUGAAAGAAAGAGAAGGAAAACUGCUGUGCAGUGACAGUAUGUACAGACUAGGAUUUCCAAGCAGCAACAUAUCCACAUUCCUCUAACUCGUCACUUUGAUCUCAAAAGAGUAUUUCUACCUCUGGUGCUCUGCUCAAAUAUUCUAGCUCUUUGCAAACAUGUGAAUAUGAAUACAAUUCUGACUUUUACUGCCAUUGCAUGGCAUGCAGACUAAUGUACACGUACACGUGUCUGUUACCACAGAGCCUGUUGUUUGAAGCUUCAUCUAAGGAUGAUACUUGCUUAUUUCACCUUUGUAUGCAUGCUGUGUGGGAAAUAAAUAGCCUUAUCUUUUA